AUGGCUGAAAAUGAAGCAUCAGCAAGAACUGGACGUCCCAGCUUAGGCAAUAAUGUGCGCAGUCGUUCCUAUCUCCAAGAACAUCAACAAUAUCGUCCUCCACAACAAGAUGGUCAUCACGGUAUAGAUAGCAUAGUUGAAGGUAUUCAAGGUAGCGCGCUUUCAUCCCCUACCAAAUCUUUCACUCAAUUCAAUGGAGUUCCUUCUCCACAACAUCCUCCAAAGAUUGUCGACAGCGGGCUCAAUCAUACCUUGUCACACGCAAACUGUCAACCUGCGCCAAAUACAACUUCCGACCGAAUGAUCGCAACUCUUAUUUACAAAACCAAAUCUCCCCGUGUUUCAGUCACCGACUAUCCACCCGAUCGUUCUCCUUCACCAGCUUCCUCUCCUUCCAGAUCCUCGGUGACAUCUACUUCCCGCGCCAUCCCGCCAAAUCUUGCUCCUGUCCGCACACUCUCCAACUUCCCACUCGAGCCUCCACCACCCGACCCAGAACCGCUCGAUCAUCUCUACGGAAGCUAUAUCUCGCAGCUUUGUCUCACAUCCUUCCUCCACCUCAUUCAAUCCCUGCCGAGCCGAUCCGGUUCCGAUUUCCUCUCUUCGUCCCAUCGCUGUCUCGACAACCCCGAACAUCCAUCCAUAGUCGAACUCACAUUCUCCCCCAUUCCCGAUCCUACAUAUCUUGACCUCCAAGAUUUGCGCAAACACGAACUUCUCUAUCGCUUUGAGCGCGAGUGGAAUGUCGAUGUGAUUCUUCAACAUGAUACCAUCCUCCGACGUUAUCCACGUCUUGUGGUUUUCGAUAUGGAUUCUACACUUAUCGAACAAGAAGUGAUUGAUUUGAUCGCCGCUUCGAUCGGAGUCGAAGAUGCCGUAUCUGCCAUUACCGCACGCGCGAUGAAUGGCGAAUUGGAUUUCUCGGCCUCGCUUCGUGAACGCGCAAAGUUGUUGAGAGGAGUCGAUGCAGAUAUCUUUACGAAAUUGAGAAGUGUUAUUACACCCACCAAAGGAGCCGCGGAACUCAUUCGCGCAUUGAAGAGGAUGGGUGUCAAAACUGCAGUGUUGUCUGGAGGCUUCAUCCCCUUGACACAAUGGCUCGCCGAUCACUUGGGAAUCGAUUACGCCUUUGCAAAUACGCUCGAAUCGGAUCCUAGCACCAACCAAUUGACAGGUGAAGUUCUCGGUUCCAUUGUCAAUGCGGAAAAGAAACGCGAUUUGCUACUGGAGAUUGCGAAGAAGGAAAAUGUGGCUCUGGAUCAGGUUGUCGCGAUGGGCGAUGGCGCAAAUGAUUUGUUGAUGAUGGGAGUUGCGGGUUUGGGCGUUGCGUGGAAUGCUAAACCCGUGGUGCAGAUGGAGGCGCAGGCUAGGUUGAAUGGUGAAAGCAUGUUGGAUCUUUUGCAUAUCUUUGGGUUGACGGCUGAGGAGAUUAAGAUUUUGGUUUCGUAG